UAGCAGAGGUAAUUAAGAGGCCCAGGGUCUUUAUAUAAUGAGAGAAGAAGGCAGGUGCUGAGGCAAAAACACAGUGAGGACGAGUGAUAUAUUCACAGCAGAAAAAAAAAGCAAAAAAAACAGUGAUCAGAGCGAUUGUGUUCUUGGGUUUUCAUCUUUAAUUUUAUUUUCCCCCCCUCUCUGUAAUCCCCGCUUCUCUGAAUCCCUUUCUGUUAAUCAUCUGUCUUUCAAAGUUAUGAUUUUUGGGUUUGUUUUUCAAAUUAACAAAAAGCAAACUUAGAAGGAUUUCUCGAAGGCCAGGUGUUUUCAGAAUCGAGAUCCAGGUUUUAUAUAAUUAUUAUUUUUUCUUUUGCUGCUUGGUUAAGUUUUUAGUUUUAUUUUUCCUUUGAAAAUCAGUUUGGAGGGUGAUUUUUGGUCCCUCAAGGUUGGUUUUUUUUUUUCUCUUUCUUAAAUUUUCUGGGAGUAAAAGAGGUUGUUUAUUUGAAAUCUCUUUCUUCUAAAUUUUCUGGGUUUUGUCUGUAUUUUCUGUAAAAACCCACUACCUGUUCUUUAAUUUUGAUAAGAACAGGUUGAUUUCUAGGUACAAGUUUCAGCAUUUUAUUUUCCCCUAUCUUUUUAUCUUGUCUAAAAAUUUAAUUGCUAGUGUUUUGCGAUUUGUGAGAGAUUUGAAGGAGGCAUGGCAGCUAUAAUGGAUUUCUACAGUAGCAGAGCUCUUCAAUCUUCAUCAGAUCCCUUUAGGGGUGAGCUGAUGGAAGCACUUGAGCCUUUUAUGAAAGGUGCUUCUUCAUCGCCACCCAGCUCCAUAUCCACAACCCCUUCUCCUCCUUCAACCUCAAACCCUUUUCUUCCUUCUUUCCCUUCUACCUCUUCCUCUCCCUCAUACAACAACAGCUACCUCUCUUUCUCUCCUUCAAUCCCCACAACCACCACGAUCCAUCAGCCCAAUUUGUACCAAGAUGGUUGCUCCACCUCCUCCUCCAUGACCCUAUUUUCAGAUGGGUUCUUUGAGCAGCAGCAGCAGCAGCAACCAGGCUCAAUUGGGCUGAACCACCUAACCCCCUCUCAGAUCCACCAGAUCCAAGUCCAGAUCCAGGCUCAAAACCAGCCCAACCUGGCUUGGCAAAACUAUCAGAUUCAGCAACAACAAAUUACUCUCCCAGAAAACCACCACCAAUCUCAUACCCUCAGCUUCCUCAGCCCCAAACCCAUCCCGAUGAAGCAGGUGGGUUCUUCUGGUUCGCCGCCAAAACCCACCAAGCUUUACAGGGGUGUAAGGCAACGCCAUUGGGGCAAAUGGGUCGCUGAGAUCAGGCUCCCAAAGAACCGCACCAGGCUCUGGCUUGGCACCUUCGACACAGCUGAAGAAGCCGCCUUGGCCUACGACAAGGCAGCUUACAAGCUCAGAGGAGACUUCGCUAGGCUCAAUUUCCCGCACCUCAGGCACAACGGCUCUUCCGUUGGAGGCGAUUUCGGUGAGUACAAGCCUCUGCAUUCCUCCGUCGACGCCAAGCUUCAAGCCAUCUGCGAAGGCUUGGCUGAAACCCAGAAACAGGGGAAGGCAGCAGGAAAGCCCAGCAAGAGGUCCUCCGCCGCCAAAGCUCCGGCGCCGCCGCCGGAGGUGAAGGUGGAGACCUCCUCGUCGCCGGUGAUGACUGAUAGCGACGGGUCUGCUGGUUCUUCUCCUUUGUCCGAUCUGACUUUCGCCGACAGCACAGAGUUUUUGCCAUGGGAAAACGCCAGUGGUUCUGAGAGCACAGCCAUGUUGGAGAAGUACCCUUCUGAGAUUGAUUGGGCGUCCAUCCUCAAUUAAUUAGCGUUAAUUAAUCAUGUUUAAUUGUAAUUGAGUAUGUUUUAGUUUGGUCAGUCAGUCUCUCUCUAAGUAAGUAAUUUGUUUAGGGGUCUUCUUUUCUGGUGGCCACUGCAAUCAAGUUUUUGGCAUCUGCAGGGUUACACAUUGUAGUCAUUUUAGUCUAGUUUUCUAGUUUGUGUCAAAUUGGGUUUGAUGUUCAUACAAUGAUGUAAAAUAUCUUCAUCAUGGUCAGCUGGUUUUUUUCUUGCUAGGCCAUGAAUGAUCGAAGUUCUUUAUAGAUAUGUAAUAUUCUCAUUUUAUGUA